AUGAAUUGCCUCAGUUGGAACUGCCGUGGUUUGAGGCAAUCACGAGCAGUUCUUGAACUCACCGACUUGGUGAAAAAAUACGCUCCAUCCAUUCUCUUUCUGAUGGAAACAAGAUCUAAAGACCACUAUCUUAAAAACCUUUGUUCAAAGCUUCACUUGGAGAAUGUUUUUAUUAAGUCUCGGAUUAACACAGGAGGAGGAUUGGCACUUUACUGGAAAGAGGGGAUUGAUCUUAAAGUUCUGGACUCAACACCAACUUACAUUGAUGCAAUAGUUAACCCAGGAAUGGAUGACGCCUGGCGGUUCACGGGUUUCUAUGGGAAUCCAAUAACAGCCAACCGGGAACAUUGUUGGGCACUACUUAAACACCUUUGUCUAAAAUUGGAUCUACCAUGGAUAUGUGUAGGGGAUUUCAACGAGAUCACCAAAGCAGAAGAAAAGAAGGGUGGUGCUCAUAGACCAGAAAGCCAGAUGAAAGCAUUUAGAGAUGCUUUGGAUUUUUGUGGAUUCCGUGAUUUGGGGUUCGUUGGUUUACCAUUCACUUGGUGCAAUAACCAAUUUGAUGGAGAAGUAACAUGGAUUCGUUUGGAUAGAGGGGUGGCAACACCGUCAUGGUCACAAUUGUUCCCCACAGUUUGUGUUCAUCACCUUCCAGGUACAUUAUCUAACCAUUGUCCAUUAUGGUUAUGCUCUGACGAUGAAAAUGUUAGAUUUUACAAGAAAUCCAGGCCUUUUCGUUUUGAGGCGGUGUGGCUAAAAGAUGAAAGAUGUGAAGGUGUUAUCAAAAAAGCAUGGAGUGACAGAACUAUGGGGGAACCAGUUGACAAACUAAUCCGAAAGGUAGAUGCCUGCAGAUCAAGUUUGCAAACAUGGAGUAGAACCUCUUUUGGCAAUAUCCGUCGAUUGCUAAUCCAAAAAAAGAAGCAACUAGCACAAGCUGAGGCUAUGUCUAUGGCCGGGGAUCAUCAUGACCAGAUUCGUGUUCUUAGAAGUGAAGUGUAUGAACUCAUGGUGAAAGAAGAAUGCCUGUGGCACCAGAGAUCAAGGGUUGAUUGGUUGAAGAGUGGUGACAUGAACACAAGUUAUUUCCAUAGCCGAGCAACACAAAGGAACAAGAGGAAUUUUAUUUCCAAAUUGAACUUGAAUGACGGAUCGGUGGUGACAGAUGAAAAACAAAUUGGUGAGGCAAUGGUAGACUACUUCAAACAGAUUUUUGCUUCCACCAUGCCCUCGAGCUUUGAUCAGAUUCUCCAAGGCAUUGAUACAAAGGUCACUCCAGCCAUGAAUGCAGACCUCACAAGAGAAUUUACCGCAGACGAAGUUGAAUUUGCUUUGAAACAAAUGAAGCCCCUAACUGCCCCAGGCCCGGAUGCAAUACUAAAUUCGGGUAAUAUGCCUGCUAGUCUCAAUCAUACUUACAUAUCACUCAUUCCAAAAAUAAAAUCUCCAGAAAAAGCCACUGAUUUUAGGCCAAUAAGUCUUUGCAAUGUAUUAUAUAAAAUUGUCUCUAAAACUAUAGCCAAUCGCUUAAAGAAACUCCUCCCCAAAUUGGUGUCAGAAUCCCAAAGUGCAUUCAUGUCAGAUAGACUUAUAUCAGACAACAUCCUUGUAGCCUUUGAAACCUUCCACCAUCUUAAGACAAAAACAAAAGGGAAAACCGGAUUCAUGGCCAUUAAGCUCGAUAUGAGCAAAGCAUAUGACAGAGUGGAAUGGGCAUUCCUAGAAAAAGUAAUGGAAAAAUUAGGCUUUGAUAAUAGGUGGAUCACACUUGUUAGUUCCUGCAUUCGAUCUGUCUCCUUCUCUGUGUUGGUUAAUGGUGAACCCCAUGGUAAUUUCACUCCUAAUAGGGGACUCCGCCAAGGAGAUCCACUGUCACCUUAUUUGUUUCUCUUGUGUGCAGAAGGGUUACAUUCACUUAUUCAACAAGCUGAAAUUUCAGGCUCAAUCAAAGGCGUCUCCCUUUGUAGUACGAGUCCAAAAGUUUCACACUUGUUCUUUGCCGAUGAUAGCUUGCUCUUUUGUAGGGCAAAUUCACAUGAGGCUGGUUCUAUCAUGGAGAUUUUGAAACAGUAUGAAGAAGCAUCAGGGCAACAAAUAAACCGAGAAAAAACUCAACUCUUCUUUAGCCCCAACACGGAUCCACAUGUGCAAGAGGAAAUCAAGACUUUGCUAGGAGUGGCAGCUACUACUAAUUAUGAAAAAUAUCUUGGUUUACCCUCUUUUGUGGGGAGUGGAAAAAAACAAAGUUUUGGCUACAUUAGGGAGAGGAUUUGGCAUAAGAUGGAAGGGUGGAAAGAAAGAUUACUAUCACAAGGCGGUAGAGAAGUGUUGAUAAAAGCGGUCCUUCAAGCUAUGCCCACUUUCACCAUGGGAUGCUUCAAACUCCCAAAAAGUCUAUGCAAGGAUAUUGAAUCUCUAAUUUGGAAAUUUUGGUGGGGCUAUAAGGGGGAAGCACGAAAAAUUCAUUGGGUGGGAUGGAAAAAAUUGUGCAAGUCAAAGAGCCACGGAGGGUUGGGAUUCAAGGAUAUUGAACUCUUCAAUAUUGCUAUGCUAGGCAAGCAAGAGAAUGGCUCAUAUGCUUGGCAAAGCAUUCUAAAAGCACAAGGGGUGGUGAGGAUGGGGUCAAAAUGGAGAAUUGGAGAUGGACAUUCUGUCAGGAUCCGUGGGGACAAGUGGUUACCUGACUUGUUCUCUAGCCGUGUGGUGUCACCGCAGAAAAACUUCCCCAACAACACUCGAGUCUGUGCUCUUAUUGAUGAGGAAAAUAGAUGCUGGAUGGAGGGUCGGAUACGUGAGGAAUUUCUGCCACAUGAAGCUGAAGCAAUCCUUAGCCUACCUUUGAGUUUCAACGGCAAAAAGGACAGGUUGAUAUGGGCUGAAACGAUGAAUGGUUAUUACACCACUAAAUCAGCAUACCGACUUCUAUUACAGGCAGUAGAGGCAGCGGCAGCAAAGGCAGCGGUUCCUGGCACUUCAAACUCAGCGGCUCAGAAGCCUUUCUGGCAGGAGCUUUGGUCACUGAAUGUGCCAAACAAAAUUCGUCAUUUCUUGUGGCGCGCAGCCAAUGACUCCCUUCCAACAAAAAAGAACCUGCAGAAGAGGAAUAUCAUUCAAGACACAACCUGUGAACGAUGUGGAGGUGGAAUUGAAGAUGGAGUCCAUCCAAUAUGGGGCUGCCAAAUGAUCAAACAAGUUUGGUGGGAAUUGGAAAAGUGCAGAGAAUUCUUGAACGAAAAUUUUGCUAGUUUCCAUGACUUGCUGCAAGGAAUCCUCGCCCAGAAAAUUCCAAACUUGGCUGAGCUAUUUGCCUUUAUCGGGUGGAGUAUUUGGCAUGAACGAAACGCAAGGAGGUUGGGCUCACCUUCUCUGCCAAUUGAGAAAAUAUACAGAGAUGCUGUGGAGCGCUUAAGAGAGUUCCAUUCAGUCCAAGAAGAACCGAGAACCCAACUAACGGUGCACCAUCCAGCUCACUGGCUGCCACCGUUGCCCUCAGUUUACAAGGUAAAUUUUGAUGGCGCUACUUUUCCGGACAUCGCCGCAACAGGUUUGGGUGUGGUUGUACGUGAUUUAGAGGGCUUGGUCAUUGCAGCGCUAUCGGAACGAAUCCAUUUACCUCCAACUGUGGCAGCUUUGGAAGCGAUGGCUUGCAGGAGAUCCAUCGUAUUUGCAAUUGAACUUGGGCUUCAGGAUGUGGUUUUCGAAGGCGAUUCAGAGGCUAUCUUUAAACUCCUCACUGUAGAGCAACCUUGCAUGUCCGCAUUUGGGCACAUUAUUGAAGAAUCCCGCUCCCUAGCAUCAACAUUCAGGUCAGCUACCUUCACUCACACCAAGCGCCAGGGUAACAACGUUGCAGACAAACUCGCUAAGCUAGCGAAGAAUUUGUAUGAACCAUAA